AUGGAGUUCCUGGGGCCGCUCCAUGGCCGCUUUUCUUGGGUUUUGGCUCUUCUUCUCGCCAUUUUCUUCCAACACAACCUGAGCUCCGUGAUCGACUGCCCGCUGACCUGCUCCUGCUCCGCCACCGAGGUCCACUGCAACCGGUCGGACAGCAGCCGCUUCCUGUCGCUGCUCUCCUUCCAGGGAAACGAGAGCGCGGAAAACGCCACCGGGAUCAAGGACCUGUUCCAGAACAUCACCAGCAUACACAUUGAGAACUGGACUAAUCUGGAGAUGUUGAGGGACCUGGACAUGGAGUUGUACCCCGGUUUACAGAGGCUGACCAUCACAAGGAGCAAACUUCAGACCAUCCAGACUCGAGUUUUUUCCAAAAACCCCGAACUGCAGUACAUCCGUUUGGAGGACGUGACUUUUGCCUGUGGCUGCGACAUCCGUUGGCUGCAGCUUUGGCAACAGAGUGGGAAGGCGGGGCUUAGCAGCCAGCGGUUAUACUGCAUCAGCCAGGGCAGAAACAUACAACUACAGGACAUGAACAUCAGCAGCUGUGACCUGCCAGUGAUCAGUGUGAGCCACAGCAGCAUAACGGUCGUCGAGGGCGAUCAGGUAACGGCGACCUGCAAUGGAUCCGGAUCUCCCCUACCGGAGGUGGACUGGCCGGUCAACGGCCUGCACUCCAUCACAACACACGGGCCUUCGGUCUACGACCACAACAUCCACUCCAUCAACAUCACGCUGGUCAGCGUGAGCAGGGACGACAACAACUUCCUGCUGACCUGCACGGCCACCAACGUCGUGGGCAUGACCAAUGCGUCCGUCCAAAAAACCCUUCUGCUAAUUAUUCCAGUUGCCCCCAGCAUCGUGAGGCUGAAGGAGCCGGAGCGUCGCCAUGACACCUGCAUCGAGUUUACGGUCCGGGGUUCCCCCCACCCCGUUUUAAGGUGGCUCUACAACAACGAGGAAAUCUCUCCUUCUGAGUACCUGCGACCCGACAUGGUCGUUUACCAGGACUACAUAGAGGGGUGCCUGACGUUUAAAAACCCCACGCACCACAAUAACGGCAACUACACUUUGGAAGCGACCAACUACCUGGGGGUCGUCUCCACCACCGUGUACGGGCACUUCCUCAACAAGCCCUUCGAUGUAACUCCGACGGCAGACACUCAUAAACCUAUGGAAGACACGUUUGGGGUUUCUGUGGCCGUGGGCCUGACCGGAUUUGCCUGCGUGGUCCUGGUGGUUUUCUUCCUGCUCCUCAGCAAAUACGGCCGGAGGUCAAAGUUCAGCAUGAAAGGGCCAGUCGCGGUCAUAAGUGGUGAGGAAAACUCCGCGAGUCCUCUUCAUCACGUGAACCACGCCAUCAUCAGCCCCUGCAUGCUGGACGUGGGGCCGGACGCCGUGGUGAUCGGCAUGACCAGGAUCCCCAUAAUCGAGAACCCCCAGUACUUCAGACACGGACUCAACGGGAGCAAACCGGCCACCUACCUGCCGGUGAUCAGUGUGAGCCACAGCAGCAUAACGGUCGUCGAGGGCGAUCAGGUAACGGCGACCUGCAACGGAUCCGGAUCUCCCCUACCGGAGGUGGACUGGCCGGUCAACGGCCUGCACUCCAUCACAACACACGGGCCUUCGGUCUACGACCACAACAUCCACUCCAUCAACAUCACGCUGGUCAGCGUGAGCAGGGACGACAACAACUUCCUGCUGACCUGCACGGCCACCAACGUCGUGGGCAUGACCAAUGCCAUCGUGAGGCUGAAGGAGCCGGAGCGUCGCCAUGACACCUGCAUCGAGUUUACGGUCCGGGGUUCCCCUCACCCCGUUUUAAGGUGGCUCUACAACAACGAGGAAAUCUCUCCUUCUGAGUACCUGCGACCCGACAUGGUCGUUUACCAGGACUACAUAGAGGGGUGCCUAACAUUUAAAAACCCCACGCACCACAAUAACGGCAACUACACUUUGGAAGCAACCAACUACCUGGGGGUCGUCUCCACCACCGUGUAUGGGCACUUCCUCAACAAACCCUUCGAUGGGCCAGUCGCGGUCAUAAGUGGUGAGGAAAACUCCGCGAGUCCUCUUCACCACGUGAACCACGCCAUCAUCAGCCCCUGCAUGCUGGACGUGGGGCCGGACGCCGUGGUGAUCGGCAUGACCAGGAUCCCCAUAAUCGAGAACCCCCAGUACUUCAGACACGGACUCAACGGCAGCAAGCCGGCCACCUAUGUCCAGCACAUUAAACGGCAGGACAUCAUUUUGAAGAGGGAGCUGGGGGAGGGAGCCUUUGGGAAGGUUUUCCUAGCCGAAUGCUACAACCUGAGCUCUACCAAGGACAAGAUGCUGGUGGCUGAUUUCCAGCGCGAGGCUGAGCUGCUGACCAACCUCCAGCACGACCACAUAGUGAAGUUCUACGGAGUGUGUGUGGACGGAGAACCUCUCAGCAUGGUGUUUGAGUACAUGAAACACGGAGAUCUGAAUAAAUUCCUCAGAGCUCACGGGCCAGACGCCAUGAUCCUGGUGGACGGUCAGCCCCUGCAGAGCAACAGUGAGCUGGGCCUCUCCCAGAUGCUGCACAUCGCCAGUCAGAUCGCGGCAGGAAUGAUCUACCUGGCCUCGCAGCACUUUGUGCACCGGGACCUGGCCACCAGGAACUGCCUGGUGGGCAACGGCCUCCUGGUGGGAGGUCACACCAUGCUGCCCAUUCGCUGGAUGCCCCCGGAGAGCAUCAUGUACCGGAAGUUCACCACCGAGAGCGACGUGUGGAGCUUCGGGGUCAUUCUGUGGGAGAUCUUCACCUACGGGAAACAGCCCUGGUUUCAGCUGGCUAAUAACGAGGUGAUCGAGUGCAUUACUCAGGGCAGGGUGCUGGAACGGCCCCGUCUCUGCCCCAAGGAGGUCUACGACUUAAUGCUGGGCUGCUGGCAGAGGGAGCCCCAACAGAGGCUCAACAUAAAGGACAUCCAGAAGCUGCUGUUCACCAUGAUGAAAGCCACCCCCGUCUAUCUGGAUAUACUGGGAUGA